GCGUGCUCAGAACUUGGAAGGAGAUGGAAGAGUCGGAGAAAGAAGCGAUUAGAGAAGCUUCUGAAGAGGUCUCCCAUGAAUUCAAAUCCCUAAUUAACACUCAGGAUCUUGAUUCCCUCAAGCAAUUGCAGCUCCUCAUAUUGGGAAGGCUGCAGGACAGUAAUGCUGUCUUGUCACAUUUUAAUGAGUAUUCAGAGCAUUGCUAUGCUGAGGUUUCCAAUGAUUUCUCAAGAAAUACUCGUCUGUUGAAGUCUAUGAAAACAGAUCUUGAUUACAUAUUUCAGAAGCUGAGGAGCAUGAAGGCAAAAAUGUUGGCUACCUAUCCAGAUGCAUUUCCAGAUGAUUCAAAAAGUGAAAUACUUGACCAAAGACCUGACCUUGAAAUACCUUCGUAACACAUCUAGUUCUUUUGGGAUUGAAUCUGUGAACUAAUUUGUUGGAUGCCAUGGCUUUGAUAUUAUGAAGAAUUUUGGAGUCAUUUUGAAUUCAAUUGAUUUUUUAUUUUUAUUUUUUUGUUCCUGUAAAGCAUUCAAGCAUGUAAACAUUGAUCAGAUAGUAUUCAAGUAUAAGAGGGCAUCUGUUUCAUAAUAGGGGAAAUGUUAGAAACCUUCCCAUGAGAUUUGAGGACUGCAUA